AUGUUACCGGUUGUGAAAUACUCUAUCAAGUUUCCUAGCCUUGCAAGGAAGCCAACUGAAGGUCACGUCCGUCCCUUGAGUGUGAGGAACACAGCGUUGUCCAUUAGGAGACUGAAGUACAGACUGCAGCCACUGAAACAGUAAGUCGUGUGUGUAUGUUGGGAUAUUUCAACAGUAGGUCGUGUGUGUAUGUUGGGAUAUUUCAACAGUAGGUCGUGUGUGUAUGUUGGGAUAUUUCAACAGUAAGUCGUGUGUGCAUGUUGGGAUAUUUCAACAGUAGGUCGUGUGUGUAUGUUGGGAUAUUUCAACAGUAGGUCGUGUGUGUAUGUUGGGAUAUUUCAACAGUAGGUCAUGUGUGUAUGUUGGGAUAUUUCAACAGUAGGCCGUGUUUGUAGGUUGGGAUAUUUCAACAGUAGGCCGUGUUUGUAGGUUGGGAUAUUUCAACAGUAGGCCGUGUUUGUAGGUUGGGAUAUUUCAACAGUAGGCCGUGUUUGUAUGUUGGGAUAUUUCAACAGUAGGUCGUGUGUGUAUGUUGGGAUAUUUCAACAGUAGGCCGUGUUUGUAGGUUGGGAUAUUUCAACAGUAAGUCCUGUUUGUAUGUUGGGAUAUUUCAACAGUAAGUUGUGUUUGUCCGGAAGGAAUUUCAACAGUAGGUCAUGAAUGGUGUUCAGAAAUCCCUAGGCUAAGUCACACAUCUUCCGAUGACUAAUUCCCUGAUGGCACUAAACUGAUAUAUCUUAACAAUGAAACCAACAUCAUGUUCAGUUGAACAACCCUUACAGUACGAUUAUUUUACUCAGUUAUAAACGCGUUCCGAAUUUCUCUCAGCGUUUUCCUUAAGCUUUGAUUUACUUCCAGCCACGCCAUGGUUGUUGCUGUUAAGUCUUCUCCCCGUUAUUCUCACACGCACAUCAUGGUUGUUGUUGUUGUUAAGUCUGCUCCCGUUGUCCCCAGACAUGCCGUGUUCGGGCCGAGACUGGACAUGUCGUCACAGAACCUGCUCAAAUGGCUGCGCGUUUCUGGGUUUGAUGUCUUCGCCGCUGACAGCAAGAUACAGAAAUGGUUGAGGUUGAGAGAGAAACUAAACAUUGACAUGAUGGUGGAAACUGAUCAGAUUCCCAAAGUGAGUGAAUCCUAACAAAAAAUGUUCAGUAUUUCUAUUGCAUUAUUACCUACUUUAUAAUGUAACUAAUAUUUAUACUUUCUCUACCUUGGGGUUAUAGAUGAAAAAUAAAAAAAAAAAGGUUUGGAAUAACCAGUUUUAAGUGUAUUACAGACAUACAAUGCUACAUGCUGCCCGGCCCGACCAAAAUGUGGAUUGAAAAAAACAAACAAAACAUUACUGUUUUAAAGAUCUAUAUUUAUAUCCAGUUCGAGUCACAUACAUCAGUUUAUGCUGAUGACCUAUACAUCAUCCGAGGAAGCCAUCCUUGAUGUAUUUGGUUUUAACAUUUUAACAUUUAGAAAACGUUAUGCCAUUCAUUUGUAUCAUUGAAACCUUAAGACACUUGACGAAGAUUUUCUUUAAAAGCUAUCUUAUAAAAGAUCCCCCCAACCCUCCAAACCCCCCCCCCAACCAACUCACACACAAAGAAAAUAAAACGUUAUGCCAUUCAUUUGUAUCAUUGAAACCUUAAGACACUUGACGAAAAUUUUCUUUAAAAGCUAACUUAAAAAAGAUCCCCCCAACCCCCCAAACCCCCCCCCAACCAACUCACACACAAAGAAAAAAUAACAAAAAAAGCAACAACAAAAAAAAACAAAAAAAAAACAUUAAACAAACGAAAUGACGAUGAUGUGAAUUGAAUGCAAAUUAACAAAGUUCAUCUAUACAUAAAAAAAUACCAUUUUUCAAUGCGUUUGUUCCUACUGACAUAACACCGUGGAUCUGUUCGUCCUAACAGUAAUUAAUCCUGUUGGCGAGUUUAAACUUGUUCACUUCCGCCUUAUUCAAAUAUUGUCUUUGUAACCAAUCAGAUCUUCCGCAGUGGCUAUCCCGGCGGUCUGUGCGGCUUUGACCGCGAGGGGUCGGCCGUAUUCUACGAG